GUCCUGAAGACUGGCCAUUUGAUACGUCAAAUGUCUUCCACAAUGCUAUCAAGGGAAAGGAUGAGAAUGACAAUGAUGUCUAUCUUAUUCCAUGUCCUGCUGGUACAACAAAUGUUGAACUUCAGGCCAAAUUACACUAUGCUAGUGAAGAUGAAGAUUUGCCUGAUCUUGCUACUGAAGCAGAUCAAGUUCUGCAGUUUAUUCAAAACCGCAGAAGAGAAAGAGAUCCAUUUGGGUUGUACGAUCACGUCAUCGUGGACAGUGGUUGCACAAACACCACCAUUUGUAAUGGUGAGCUCAUGCAUGGACUCCGUCAUGCUGAGAAGGAGCUCAAUAUGCAAAUUAACGUGGGCAGCAGAGUUCUUGACAAGGAAGGUUUUCUAGGAAGAUUUCUGCCUCCAGUCUAUUAUGAUGAAGAUGGAAUUGCCAAUGUACUUGCUAUGCGCGAGAUGAUUGCUGUGGGAUACAGCAUUACUAUGGAUACUGAUGUUGACAAUGCCUUUAUUGUGCAUUGUGAUGGAGAAACCGAGAUGCGAUUUGUGAAUCGUAAGGGUGUUUAUGUAUUGGAGCAACUUGGAGCAAAUGUCAAACCAGGUGCCAAAGAGACAAGUGCAAUGUACCUUUGCCAGUUAAGCAACUUAAAUAAUCAACCCCAUUUUGAACUUUGUUCAAACAAACAGAAUGGAUAUGCUGGACAUGAAAUGACCUCAAAGAUGGCAACUGUUUGA